AUGGGAAUGGGGCCAUGCUUUACAAAAGGUUUUGUAUUUGAUUGCCUCAAUGAAUGCGAUGGAUGUCCCCGUUUGCAUGCAAUGACUGCAGAUAAGCUGGAACGCUGCGGGAUGUAUUUGCCACAGAUGCUCGAUUUCAGAGACAUGCCAAGUCAUUUGUUCAUCACCAGCAAUUGGCUUUGCAGUGUCCAAAUUACAGAUGACCAUUGCAGCCCGCUGGAAAGAGCACAUACGUUGCGUGCUGUGGAUACGUUCCUUUUGUCUCCGGCCAAGGACCAAGUGACAUCGAUCAUCUUGCUAUCAGGCUGGGAAGCCAGCAAUGUGUUGGUAGAGAUGAGGUAUCUGAGCAAACAUGCCCCUCAGCGGGCAAUGCAGGCAGAAGAGUUCUUUGCCCAGCUGUGCCACUUGAGUGAUACUGGCAAAAGUAUGUGUGCUUGUCGUGUGGGCUAUCCAAAGCUUCCACGUGCAGAGCAUCGAGCUGUGCGGAAGCUUUUCAAUGGCUCCUGCGAUUACUCACUCAGUGAAUGUGCAGAAGUUGUGAAAUUUCUGGGUCUUUUGCAACCACGGAGCGCCUACAACUUUGCCAGCCAUCAGUGGAAUGAGCAACAAAGCCAGCGUUUGUGGGAAGCAUUGAGAGACCAGAAAGUUUUGAGCAGGAACGGUUUUGUGAAAGAGGUCCCAGACGUCAAUGCCAAACUGAGAGAGGCUGUGGAAACCGCCUUGGAGCAAAGAGAGGCAAAUUAUGCUUUAAAGAUGGUUUGGUUUCACAACCUGCUGACUCAGAUUUCAACAGGGCGCAAAAAUCCUGCAGAAAUUGUGCCAGAAUUCGUGAGACUCUGA